GACUCGACGCGAGUGAUUGUCUGUGUUUGAGCGGCAGCAGCACCUCCCCAACCAUGUAAUUCUACACCGCCCGGCGCUCCACUCGGAUGGCGCCCCUUUAAAAUGGCUAACAAAUCCAAAACAAAACCGAGUUAUUUCCUGGGCUCUCGUCUGGGGUUCGAGACCCAUCCAGGACGACGAGCAAGGGAAGAAGCUACAGCUACAGCAGCUAUAGCUGCUACCUAGGGCCAUGGAGGAGGAGCGCCACGACUCUAUUGCUCUCGCACAGCAGCACGACAUGGACAGGAGCGAUCUCCCCAAGGCUCUUGGAGAGGGCGAUGGCGAGGAGGGGGCGACGACUGCUGAGCGCGAUGGUGAUCCCGUCUCUGAGAUCAACAAGUCGAGAGCCGAGCUGCUUGCUCGGGUCCAGAACCUCAAGAAGGACUUGCAAGACUGGCGGGGGAAGCUGGAUUCUCAGGUGAAGAACUACCGCGAGGAGCUUGGAGAGCUCCGCAGCACAUUGAACUCGGAAGUGGAGCAGCUGAGGAGUGAGUUUCAGGACCUUCGGAAUUCGCUGAAUAAGCAACUCAACGUGCAAGACGAGGGUGCACACAACGGCGGCAGCGGCAGCGCCAGCAUUCCUCCUCCGCCGCCUGAAUAGCUACAGUGUACUGGUAUUUACUGUAGAAAAUGUAGAAAACAAAAACAGAACGGGCAUCCUACGUGGCCCAAGCGUUGCCG